CCUAGUAGAACUCUUUUCUUUCAUCAAUAUAUUACAAUUUACAAGUACAGAUAUUGAGGUCUCUUGAUCAUAUUGUAGUUAAGAAGAGAAAUUCACUGAUCAAAUCAGCAAGGUGAUCACCUUUCGGACCGAGACAACGAAAUUCCAGACGACUAAGACUCCAUAUCAAGAUGUUGGCUAUACUGAAGUGGACGCAUAUAUUCGGGAACUAUGUAUUAUGGAUGAUGAUGGUAUACUUAACCGAUGUAUGGGAGCUUGAAUUUGUACAUGCGGCUACAAUAAUGAGUAUCUGGUUAGGGUUAGUGAAAGUACUGCCUCUUGCCUUUCUUCAUCUAGCUGACGCUUUCUUCGGUAACUUUUGGAUUCUCUUCAUUGGCGCGCUCUCUAAUACGGUUGGAUUUGUGCUUCUAUGGUUGUCAACCCCACCUGUGUUGGCCAACUCAACUGGCAACUGCGCAGCAUACAAACCUGAAUGUAUUGGAGGCCAACAAAAACAACUCUUUUAUGCUGGGCUCGCACUAACCGCAAUUGGGAACGCAGCUCAAACUGCCUCUUACACCUUGUUCUUGGACGAGCAAGGCGGCGAUGAUGCUGAAGGAGGCUGUAAUUGUGAGCCUUGUUACUGUCAAUGUUGCGGCUUUAAAUGUCGUAAUAGCUUGAUUGGCCUUGUUGCACUCCUAACAGUCUCGUUUGUCAAGUCUUGGGCUGUGCUCUUUGGAAUUGGUGCUAUUAUCGGAGUUAUUUCUCUGCUUGUUUUUUUGAUUAAGAUAUCUCAUUACAACCGUGUUUCACCUCAAGGAAGUGCCCUUACUACUGUCUUUCGGGUACUAUUUGCUGCUUCUUCCAAGUUGUUUCAUAGCCAGCCACAAAAUGUGAAUGAGCUUUAUGAGAAUAAUAAUCUCAAUGCGUUAUUGCCUCACACUCAAGAUCUGAGGUUUCUUGACAAGGCUGCUAUUGUAUUACCAAACCCACCAUUGCAACAACAAGAAAGACAAAGAUGGAAGCUUUGUAGAGUGACUGAAGUGGAAGAAACCAAAACCUAUAUACGCGCCAUUCCCAUAUGGAUGGCCUUCAUUCUUUGUGGAAUUGUAUCUUCCUUAGGUCCUACUUACUUUCUUGAGCAAACAAAUCGCAUGAAUCCCAAAGUUGGAAAAACCAAAAUCCCUGUUGUACUAUUUUUAUGGCUAUACGCCCAAUUCAGGAAUAUUUUCACCGUUCUUUUUGGUGGGAUUUUCACCGCAACAAGCAUAUUCAUUAUAUCAUCUACUCGUCAUCUUGCUCGAGUAGGGUUCGCAAUCGCGAUGGUGUUCGCUAUACUAAGCUGCAUUGCAGCAGCAAAGGUCGAGACACGAAGGCUUAGAGUUGUAACCAUGAAUAGAUUUUGGGUUUUACCACAAUUCGCGUUACUUGGUGGCCUUGAUGGAAUUUACUUAUUAGCAUGUUCUAAUUUCGCACUUGAUCAAGCAGCUUUCUCUAUGAUGAAGUAUUUCCCUUUCUCCGCAAGUGCAUUUUCUGGAAUUGGAUUCAUUGGCAGUGCUCUUUGUGCUUACAUUGUAGGAAGUGUAAGUGAGAAGGCUAGUGGGAUAAAUUGGUUUCAAAGUACAAUUAACACAAGUCGAUUAGAUAAUUAUUAUUGGUUUUUAGCUUCUUUGAUUAGUGUCAAUCUCGUUGUAUAUAUAGUUUUGAUAAUCUUUUAUCGCUUUAAGGAAUCAAGAAUUGAUGCCUUGCAAUGGCAGGUAAACCUUACAUUAGAUGAUAGCAUAUUUUGAUGGCACGGCCGUGUUAAGGGUUUUUAUUAUAAUGGAUUGAAUUAAAAUUACUUUGUAAACCAUCGGCACUUCUUUCUUAUUGUGAAUUAUAUUACCAUUUUGUAUGUUAUUUAUUUAUCUUUUAUUUGUUUUUUUUACUUUUUUCUUGUUGUGAGGGUUUGGAUUGUAAUGGGUUUUGGCCUGGGGCAACUUAUUGGUAGCACAACGAAAUCAUAUCUUAUACCAUGUAUGUAAUAAAUAUCUACAACAAUCAUUGUAUAUUAAAUGUGUACAACUAAAUCAUUAUGAAAUUAUUGUCCUAAAACAAUUAUUGUGAAUUAAAAAUUUUGAGAGGUAAUUUAUUUUUCACAAAUCUCAAAUUAAAACUUGCGGGAUGAUGAGAAGAGCGCAUUGACAAAAGCUCUCCUUGAAGGAAAUAAAGUAUGUAUUUUUGGCUUCAAAAUUCCACUAUCCUUUCUCUAUACGAUAUGCAACCUAGGGUUUUCACCACUCGAGUGGAGUUCGAACUUCACUGCCUUUCUUCAAUUAUAAUACAAGGGAAUAUCACAACAUUUACUUGGAGAAGUCCCUUCUUAUUAUUGACGAUAAAGUAUCACAAUUCAAGUAAGAGUUUGUUCUCCUCAACUUAUUAAAAUAAGUUUCAACAAGUAUAAGCUGAGUUAACAAAAAAAAAAAAAGAAAA